CAAUUGCUAUGAAUUGCUUUUUGUAAAAAUACUUUAUUUUUAUGAAAAAUUUUAUGAAUAAAUCAAAUAAAUAUACGAAUUAUUAAAAAAAUUUCUUUUUAAUAAAUAAAAAUGAACGUUGUUAAGAUAAAAAGAAGUAAAAUCUCUAAUUCGACUCGUGAAGAAUUGGAAAUUCUUGAUAAAUCAAUUUUGAUUGAUAAAAUCCUACAACUAGAAGCUCAUAAUUUUCAACUAAAAUCUAUAAUCUCUAAAACUCUAAACAGUUCGGAUAAAAAAUCGACAAAAAUAAAUAAUACGAAGAGAAAAUUUGAUUUUUCGAAACAUCAGAAAAGACAUAUUUUUUUGAAAUUUUAUUAUCUCGGUUGGGACUAUCAUGGAUUUAUGGAACAAGAGAAUACGAUUGAAACGAUUGAACACCAUGUAUUUGCAGCGUUGAAAAAAAGUUGUCUCAUUGAAAGUAGAGAGACAUCGAAUUAUCACAGAUGUGGCCGAACUGACAAGGGUGUCAGUGCUUUUUCUCAAGUUAUUUCCAUAGACGUUCGCAGUCAACUUGAUGGAGACAAUCAAAAUAAUCUCGAUCAAGAACUUCUUUACUGUAAAAUGUUAAAUAGACUUUUACCGAAAAAUAUUCGCUGUAUCGCCUGGUGUCCCGUGUCAGAAAAUAUUUCCGCAAGAUUCGAUUGUAAACGAAGAACAUACAAAUACUUUUUUCCAAGGGGAAAUUUGAAUUUAGAUCUUAUGAAUCAAGGGCUGGAUUUCAUGAUUGGAAGUCACGAUUUUAGAAAUAUUUGCAAAAUGGAUGUGGCAAAUGGUGUUGUGAACUUUAAUCGUACGAUAUUAAAGGCUUCGGUGCGUUGUAUUGAAGAAAAUCUUGAGACAAUAUCAGGUUAUGAUAUGUGCGAAUUGACAAUAAUUAGUCAAGCUUUCUUGUGGCAUCAGAUUAGAUGCAUAAUGGGAAUUUUAUUAUUAGUUGGAUGUGGAAAUGAGAAACCUGAGGUAAUUCAGGAAUUAUUGAAUAUUGAACAGUGUCCUAAGAAACCACAAUAUAAUUUGGCUCACGAAGUGCCGCUGAAUUUGUUUCAUUGUGAAUUUGAAACGAACGAUUGGUUUAUUGACAAAACGGAACUGGAGGAAGUUGUAAAAAAUUUACAGGAAGAAUGGACGUUUCAUAGCAUCAAAACGACUAUGAUUAAAACAAUGCUGUUAAAUUUGCCACAAACAGAAAAUACAAAUUUUCAAAGCGAUUGUCUACUUCGUGGGGUGGAAUCGAAAAUUUACACUCCAUUAAUGAAAAGAUUGACUUGCGAGAGUUUAGAGGAGAAAAUAAAGCAUUUCACAAAAAAACAAAAGAUUGAAGUAAAAGUGACGAAUCUUUAAGAAGAUUUUUAAAUUGGUGAAUUAGGAAUAAAUUCAUUUUUUAUAAAUAAAAAAUGAUAUAUUUUACAUAGUGCGGUAAAAAAAAUGGUUUUUUAACUAAAUUUGUUAUCAGGAAUGAAAUAA